CUCGAAAGCUAUCUUCAUCUUUUCUUCUUUAAACUGUUUCAAGGUUUAAAGGGUCACAAACCGCGUUAUACAUAAAGUCAUACAAUUCUUUCUUUUUUCUCUCCCAAUCCUACACAAACAUCACCUUACAUCGCAUUUAAAGGGUCCCACUUGCUCAUAGUUUUCAAAUAAAGAUACAUAUUCAACUUCUUGAUUUCUACCCCAAUCCAGAUCUCAUCGGAUGAGAUGAAUUAACCCAAUUCCUUUCUGGGUUCUUCUCAUUGGACUUCGAAUCGGAAAACCCAUAAGUUAAUUGGGAUUUCGUUCAAUCGAUUAGUAUCUUUCCGAUCGUUAACAGUAUGGGUGUCCAAGAAAAUGGGAGUGGUGGUGAUAAUGGUAUGUCUAGUGUUCCUCUUGGAGCGAAGAACAAAUACAGAAGAAUGGAUUCUGAGCUUAACGAUUACAGUGAUGAUGAUUUGGAGGUUGCACCUUACAAGCAGACACAGCAGGAAAGGACGAAAAGCACAAGGAAAUAUGUAUUCGCCUGUGCUGUAUUUGCAUCGCUCAACAAUGUCCUCCUUGGUUAUGAUGUGGGUGUUAUGAGUGGAGCAAUCAUAUUUAUCCAAGAAGAUUUAAAAAUCACCGAGUUUCAAGAAGAAAUUCUCGUCGGAAUCUUGAGUGUCAUCUCCCUAUUGGGCAGUCUAGGCGGCGGCCGUGCCUCCGAUGCACUUGGCCGGAAAUGGACAAUGGGCAUAGCUGCAAUUAUAUUUCAGAUCGGAGCACUUAUAAUGACUUUAGCUCCUAGUUUCCAAGUUCUGAUGAUGGGUCGCCUCCUCGCCGGAAUUUGGAAUCGGUUUUGGUGUCAUGAUUGCUCCGGUGUACAUCGCCGAGAUUUCUCCGACCAUCUCUCGAGGCUCCUUCACUUCCUUCCCUGA